AUGGCGAAGGCGCGCCUCUUCCGGCUCUGGCUGGCGCUGGGCUCGGCCUUCAUGGUCCUGCUCAUCAUCGUGUACUGGGACAGCGUGGGCACUGCCCACUUCUACCUGCACACCGCGCUGUCCCGGCCCCGCGUGGAGCCGCCCACGCCUGGGCCCGAGGGCCCCCGGGACUUGGCCGCCGACGUGGACGAGUUCCUGGACAAGCUGCUCAGCUCGGGCCUGAAGCCCAGUGAGCCUGCGGCAAGGAAGAGCGCGCGGCCCCCGCCGCCCCCCGCCAGCCGGCCGGCCCCGGGCAACAUGGAGGAGCGCGUGAGGGGCUACGACUGGUCCCCCCACGACACGGCGCAGAGCCCGGACCAGGACCUGCGGCAGGCCGAGCGGCGGCGCGUGCUCAGGGACUUCUGCGCCAACUCCAGCUUCGUCUUCCCCACCAAGGAGCGCUCCUUCGACGACAUCCCCAACUACGAGCUGAACCACCUCAUCGUGGACGACCGCCACGGCGUCAUCUACUGCUACGUGCCCAAGGUGGCCUGCACCAACUGGAAGCGCGUCAUGAUCGUGCUCAGCGAGAGCCUGCUGGACCGCGGCGCGCCCUACCGCGAGCCGCUGGCCAUCCCGCGCGAGCACGUGCACAACUCCAGCACGCACCUGACCUUCAACAAGUUCUGGCGCCGCUACGGCAAGUUCUCGCGGCACCUCAUGCGGGUCAAGCUCAAGAAGUACACCAAAUUCCUGUUCGUGCGCGACCCCUUCGUGCGCCUCAUCUCCGCCUUCCGCAGCAAAUUCGAGCUGGAGAACGAGGAGUUCUACCGGCGCUUCGCGGUGCCCAUGCUGCGCAAGUACUCCAACCGCACCAGCCUGCCCGCCUCCGUCAGCGAGGCCUUCAGCGCCGGCCUCAAAGUGUCCUUCACCAACUUCAUCCAGUACCUGCUGGACCCGCACACCGAGCGCCUGGCGCCCUUCAACGAGCACUGGCGGCAGGUCUACCGCCUCUGCCACCCCUGCCAGAUCGACUACGACUUUGUGGGCAAGCUGGAGACGCUGGACCAGGAUGCUGCCCAGCUGCUGCACCUCCUCAACGUAGACCAGCUCCUCCACUUCCCCCCAAGCUACCGCAACCGGACGGCCAGCAGCUGGGAGGAGGACUGGUUCGCCAGGAUUCCCCUGGCCUGGAGGCAGCAGCUCUACAAACUCUAUGAGGCAGAUUUUGUCCUCUUUGGCUAUCCCAAGCCGGAGGGCCUCCUCCAGGACUGA